CUUUCUCAACUUUUCAUGGCGACGUACUUUCAUGGGAACCCUGAAAUCCAAGCGAUGGAUGAUCUUCAAACCCUCGUACUUAUGAACCCUGCCUAUGUUCAGUACUCCGCCGCCCCUCUGCCGCAGGCGCCUCCUCCGAACAGCCUCGUUUUCCUCAACUCCCUCUCUCCUAACGUUCCAUCUUCUUCCCACGCUCAGCAACUCAUCGGCAUCCCUCUUCCUACAACCUCAGAUUCCAACCAAGAAGCCGUCUCCUCCUUGCAUGGCCUCCUACAGCGCGUCCACUACAACUUGUACAACUCGAUAGACCCUUCUGGACCGGCACGUGACAUGCCACGCGCUCCGCAGGGACUGUCUUUGACCCUUUCUUCCCUACAGCAACCCUGUUAUGGAUCACAGGCUCAAGCAGUGCCGGGUGGGGACAUGCGGGUUUCCUGCUGUUCCGCCUCUUCUGGUUCAGCCGUGACCAACGGUGUUUCGGGUAUACAAAGUGUGUUGGCGAGCUCUAAAUACUUGAAGGCUGCUCAAGAGCUUCUUGACGAGGUUGUUAAUGUCAACAAUAGUGGGAUUACAAAGAGUGAAUUGGCUAAAAAGGGUACUAGUAGAAAUCAUAACAACAGCAGCAAGACUACCGGAGAAUCAUCGGCGGUGGUCGGAGAUGGCUCUGCAGACGGGGAGGCCGGUGGGAAGCGCAAUACUGAGCUGAGCACGGCUGAGAGGCAAGAAAUUCAGAUGAUGAAAGCAAAGUUAAUUAGCAUGCUUGAUGAGGUGGACCAAAGGUACAGGCAAUACCAUCACCAAAUGCAGAUUGUUAUUCCCUCAUUUGAGCAAUCAGCUGGAAUCGGCUCUGCUAAAACAUAUACGUCUCUUGCAUUAAAGACCAUCUCUAAGCAGUUUCGGUGUUUGAAAGACGCGAUACUCGGUCGAAUUCAAGCUGUAAAUAAAAGCUUAGGUGAAGAAGAUUGCCUAGGAGGGAAGACAGAGGGGUCGAGGCUUAAGUUUGUGGAUCAUCACCUUCGGCAACAAAGAGCACUUCAGCAAUUGGGGAUGAUCAAACACAAUGCUUGGAGACCUCAAAGAGGAUUACCGGAAAGAUCGGUUUCGGUUCUUCGAGCUUGGCUCUUCGAACACUUUCUCCACCCAUAUCCUAAAGACUCGGACAAACACAUGCUGGCUAAACAAACAGGGCUUACCAUGAGCCAGGUAUCUAAUUGGUUCAUAAAUGCUCGAGUUCGGCUUUGGAAGCCAAUGGUGGAAGAGAUGUACUUGGAGGAAAUCAAGGGGCAAGAACAGAAUGUUGAAGAUUCAGCAUCCAAAUCCUCUGGUCUAGACAAAAGUCCAGCACCAGCAGAGAACCAGGAUAAAAGUUCAUCGAUGACAAUUUCCAUGGCGUCGGCAUCUCCUCUCAAAGGAAAUGUCCAAAACCAGUUAGCGUUUUCGUUCAUCGGGUCAUCAGAAUUGGAAGGGAUCACUCAAGGGAGUCCUAAGAAAUCAAGGAGCACCGAAGUAGUAUUGCAAUCACCAACUAGUGUGCCAUCUAUAAACUUGAACAUCAAGCAAAGAGAGGCAAACGAUGAGGUCUCCAUGCAGUUUGGCAAAGAGGGAUACUCAUUUAUGGGAACCAAUACAAAUUUCAUAGCAGGUUUCGGGCAAUAUCCUAUUGGAGAAAUGGUGAGAUUCGAUGCGGAACAGUUCGCUCCAAGGUUCCCUGGUAAUGGUGUUUCACUCACUCUCGGUCUUCCCCGUUGUGAAAACCUCUCAUUGUCCGCAACUCACCAAACUUUUCUACCAAACCAAAGCCUGCAAAUGGGGAGGAGGCUCGACAUUGGCGAACCAAAUGAGUUUGGUGCUAUAAACACUUCCGCACCCCACUCUUCCGCUGCAUACGAGAACAUCGACAUCGAGAACCAAAAAAGGUUUGCCACGCAAUUGUUACCCAACUUUGUUUCCUGAUGAAUAUGAUUCCAAUUCAGAUUCAAGAAACUUAUAGGGGAAGAAGGGUGUCCUCUUUUUCACUAUUUAUUGUCCAUUUUCUCUCCUUUAGGGAAACGAGUAAAAUGCAUGGUAGUAUAAAGAAAGAAGAAAAUAUAGUGUUAGUAUAGAUAUAUACUUUGGACAGCACAAUUUGAGUCCUUAGCCAGUUUAGGAUUUCAGCCAUAUAUUUUGAGGAUUGUAUAUUAAUUUUGUAUAUUCUGAGGAUUGGUAUCAUAAAUUAGUUACUUGGUAUACAAGUAAAUCAAUUUGGGU